CCGUCCCUUCAGAGCGAGCCCGGCUUGUUCUCUGGGCCCUGGGGACAGUCACCUCUGCAGAGGGGGCGUGAGCUGGUGUCACCCUGAGGCAGCGUGAGGCUCUGGCCAUGGGGGGGCAGUGGAGAGAGCAUCCGGUGGGGUCCCUGGCAUGCCAGGAGGGCAGGGAGCCAGACUCGUUCUCGUGGGCAAGGUGGGAGCGGGCGCGGGGCUGGGCCCGGCUGGAAUGCAGGACACUGGCACUUUGUUUGGCAGGGGGUAGGCGGAAGUCAGGGCGUUUGAUCUGAAUUCUACAGUGUGUUGUUCAGGGUCCCAUAAAGGCCUCAUUGUAUGUGAAUAGUUUAUAAAGCAGCAUAUGACUUCCCAGUGCAGGGCAGCGGCAGAUAGAGACAAGGGCAGGCAGCGCGGGGGGCUGAGCCGCGCAGAGACAUGAGAGCUUAGCGGGGACCCUUCCGGGCUGCUCAGAAAGGACACACUCCUCACCACAAGGUGUGAGGCACAAUGAAUUGGGCAGGCCUCUACACAGUGGUGAGCGGCGUGAACCGCCAUUCCACUGCCAUCGGGCGCAUCUGGCUUUCUGUCAUCUUCAUCUUCAGGAUCAUGGUGCUGGUGGUAGCAGCUGAGAGUGUCUGGGGGGAUGAGAAAUCUGCCUUCACUUGCAACACACAGCAGCCAGGCUGCAACAGCGUCUGCUACGACCACUUCUUCCCCAUCUCCCACGUGCGCCUGUGGGCCCUGCAGCUGAUCCUGGUCACCACACCCGCCCUGCUAGUGGCCAUGCACGUGGCCUACCAGCAGCACCAGGAGAAGAAGCUGCUGGUGCUGACGGGGCACGGCGACACCAAGCACCUGGAGGAGGUGAAGAAGCAUAAGAUGCGCAUCUCGGGCUCCCUGUGGUGGACGUACAUCUGCAGCGUGAUAUUCCGACUCCUCUUCGAGGCCGUCUUCAUGUACAUCUUCUACAUGAUCUACCCUGGCUACCAGAUGAUCCGGCUGGUCAAGUGCGAGGCCUACCCAUGCCCCAACACCGUUGACUGCUUCAUCUCCCGGCCCACCGAGAAGACCAUCUUCACUGUCUUCAUGCUGGCCACCUCGGGCAUUUGCAUCAUCCUCAACAUGGCUGAGCUGGUGUACCUGGUGGUGCGGGCCUGUGCCCGCCGGGCCCAGCGGGACUCCAACCCCACAUCGGGGAAGAGCUCCUUGUACGGCCACAAGCUCUCCACCGAGUACAAGCAGAACGAGAUCAACCAGCUGCUGACGGAGCAGGACGGCUCCCUCAAGGACAUGCUGCGCCGCAACCCGGGGCUGCAGGAGAAGAGCGAUCGCUGCUCCGCCUGCUAGAGGCACCAGCCCCAUUGGGUGGGGGCCCUGCCAUGGCACAAGGCCCUUAUCCCUCAGCCCUCCACCGGGAGCCAUGGGGGACAGGCUCUGCAGGGAGACGAAGAGUAUUGAACGGAGCCUGUUGGUACACUCAUGACUGCCUGAGCUCCGGCCCUGGGACACUGCCAGCUUGUGCACAGGUGUUGUGCCAAGGCCUUCCCCCCGCACUGCCAUGGGCCCACGGCCACGCACAAGCCCAGUCAUCACACCCUGAAACCCGUCAGAAAGGCUGGGGCGGCUGCAGAACGCUCGGAAUUUGCCUUAAUUCAUUGUGUGAUGUCCCCCAAGCCCCACCGGUGCCCCCAACAGAGGCCCUGUCUCCUGCAGGGAAAGGAGCCAUCCUCAUUGCGGGGCCCAGCCCCCCGUGGCUGCUGAGACAGAGGACACCAGGUGGGGCCUGGCAAGUGGAGUGUCGGAAGUGUCGGCCAUUAAAGCUGU